CAACAACCGAAGAAGAGAAAUGGACCAAUAGCAGAGCUGACAAUUGUGUUUUGAAUGAAACGCGGUUGAUGGCAGCUCGACGCGUACUGUUUGUUUACCCUAUUCUCUUGGCUUUUGCAACGUUGGUUAAAGUUGGCUGUUUUAAAAUAAGUUUCCCAGCGCUCCAGAGAAAUGUCCUCCAGGAUGUCAACUUCCAGUAGGGACGCCUCGCCUUCAAGCAGACGUGGAGAGCGUACCCCACUGAGAAGAAUACAGAAUGAAAUGCUAUCAACUCCAUCAUUGAGGUUCAAAUCAAAAUCACUAUUCAAUGCUGAUGUGAAGCCGAUAAAGGGUGAUGUUCCUCUCUGUGACCCAGAGCCCCACUUGCAAUCUCCUCCAUCCACCAAAGUGAUUCACAUCAGUGCUUCCACUAUUGAUAUACCAACUACUGAGACCGCUUGUGGACUUGGAGAUGUAACAUUCAAAUCUUUCAUCUGCCCUGGUGGGGAGGUUGAGGUUACAGUUUCCUCAGUGUGUGCAGAAGAGAGUAUCAUUUUGCCCAAUGAUCAGGCUUUGAAAAUCACGCAUGUAACAGAAGAUACAGUCAUCUCUGACAGUAUAAUAGUUCAGUCAAGCAGUGACCACAUUGAACACCCCUAUUACGAUCCAGAGAGGAAAGAUGAUUCCUUGGUUGACAUAGACGCAGGAUGUCUCUGGGAAAUUUCAAAUACUAAUCUAACCUCUGGAGACUUUGACGAUCGAUGCGCCACACAAGAUUUCAGAGCUUUUCAGAAGGACUGCUGUGGAAAACAAGAUGUCACUUGGAAGUCUUUUGUCUGUGAUGGCGGUGAGGUGGAGGUUUCUGAUGGCACCAGACUACAAGAUGAGACCAUUACUCUGCCCCAGGAACAGCUCGGUGAUUCUGUGCAAGACAACAGUGUGAAUUCACCAGAUCUCUCUAACUGUGGCCAACUGUGUCAAGCAGAACAUGCAGAUCAUCUCUACUGUGAGAGAAAAGAUGGUGUCUGUGUCAUCACAACCUUCUCUGAAAACACAAAUGAUCCUGAAAAAUCUGCUGAUGGACAGAGUGAUGUAACCUUCAAAUCAUUUAACUGCACUGGAGGUAUGAUCGAAAUUUCAGAUGGCACCAAACUUGCAGAUGAGACUGUCCCACUACCAGCUGACCAAACUGCGACCGGCAGUGAGUCAUACCAUUAUGGCAUGAAUCCAAGCAUGGUGGCUAGUGAGGAAGAUGUGAAAACUGGUAGUGAUCACCCAUACUGUAAUAUUGAAAAUGACCCAUUAGGGGAAAUAUUACCAUUUAGCGUUGAUGUCGUGGAUGAAGUUAAACAGAUUAGCUUGGUGGUACCUGAUAGCCAGACUGGCAUUCAAGACGAUAUUACAUUCAGCUCUUUCAUCAGUGCCAGAAGUGAUGUUGAAAUAUCAGACGCUACCGAAUUGUCUCAGAAGACUUCACCUCUGCCUGACGACCAGGCUGUGAUCUGCCAGCCCCUGGAUGACAACAGUGUACCUACUGCCGUUACACAGGAUCACAUUCGAGGUGAACAAACUAACAGCCAAGUUGUGGUAGAUGCAGAGCCACAAACUAUCAGUACAUAUUCACUGACUAACGCAUCUUUAUCUGUUAACUGUCAAAUGCAAGAAACAUCAAAAAAGGACUCGAUGCAUCCUGAAGACAGUGUGUUGCAUUCAAUGCUUAAAAAAAACGAGUCACCCGACUGCAGCCGUCCUGCGACUCCUGCAGAGACUCCUAUGCCUGUGGAAGUGCCCGUGGAACACGUGUCUCAAGUGCAAAUCGGCAGUACACUCUAUGAAUCCAGUGAAGCAAAAGACAGUGCUAUCGGUUCAUCUGGAAAUCUGCCAGUUAUUUGUAACUCUGCAGAAGAACCUCAGCCAGAAAACCUCCCAUAUGUUUUCAAAGUGCUGUCAGAGUGUGCCUCAGAAGCGUUGCCUUUUCAGUUUGGGAUCCCCAGUCCUGUUGUUAGGAGAGCCUCUCUUGCUGUAUUAAAGGCUUUUCGGGUUCCUGCUUUGGACCGAUUUUUGGCUGAUGAAUCUGCUCUCGAGGGUGAAAAGAGCUUGAUGGCUCCGUUCAACGUCGACCCCGCCGGGUUGUGGACAGAGCACAUGGAGAGCCCCAUGCCUCAUCCUCAGUUUAACUCUACACUUCUAGGUUACAAGCCACAGCCGGACCCACUCCCUGAGCCAGUUGGGGAUGUGGAUGCAAAGCCUUCUGCAGUGCUUCAGUCUCAAGUGAAGAAGCCGGUUCUGGAUAUCCCUUUGAUUCCAGAUGGUCCCCUGCAGCAGCAGCUUCGGCAGAUGGCAGAGUUCCUUUUCUUGGCAUCAGGAAGGAUGAUUCCCACUGCUGUCUCUGCUCCCGUUCCGCCUCUUGCUGCCGUCACGGUCCCAUCGGCAAAAGUUACUCCUGCAGAAUCCCACAGUGUCUGUGUGGGGACCACUCCUGUUAAAUGGUUAGACCACAGCGUCAAUACAUCUGGCCAAUUUGAGAGAAAGAGGAACUUCUCUGUGGCUGAUUCCUGCACUCUGACCGACCCUCUCCUGUGGAACUUACCUCCAGGCAGCCUCGAGUGUCUCUCCAGACAAGAGGUGGAGCAGAGGUUAAGGUCAAGCAUGAUCAUGGUGGAGGCUCUUGUACAGCAGUUGGCUACAGCAAGGGUAAAUGGAUGUCCUUCUGCAGGCCCCGCACCUUCAGAGCUCAGGGAGAAACUGGUGCAGACAGACCACACUGAACUGAGUCAGACCACGAUGUACAGAGAGCUUUAUUUGGAGGCUCUGAGCAGGAUUGAGGAGUUGGAGUUGGACGACAGUUCUCUGCAGAGCCUCACCCAGUGUCUGCAGGACACGAGGGUCACCAUGACUUCUUUGAGUUGUGACACGGAUGGCGCUCUCUCUAACAUGAAGCGAAUGGGAGAUGUCGUCAGAGAGGACCAUCGGAGCCUUGCUUCACACUACGGUCAGAUGAAGGCUCUCUUUGAGAAAACAAAGGAGACGCAGACAGCAAUGAUGCAGAAGGUGAAAGAGGCUCUUCGUCAAAGAGAUGACAUGAGGAUACAGAUGGAGGAGGCCUUCACAGCCAAGGAGGCGGCCCUCAGUGCGAUGGAACAGCUGAGGACACACUGUGCCACAGAAACGUCAAAGCUGGAGACGAUUGUUGGGUCUCAGCAAGAGCUGUCCGCUGCCCUGGACCAGACUUACCCAGAGCAGGUUGCAUUAAAUCAGGCCUACACCGAAGUGCUGAAUUCUGCUUCUGAUGUUUUGUCCACAACCAUGGAGGAACAUUCCAGUUUGAUGAAAGAACUCUGCACAGUCAGAAGCCUUCUGCAGAAAAGUGCUCCGACGCUUCUGAAGCUGAAUGAGAAGGCAGCUGCUGCUUUGAGGGAGCGGGACGAACAUCUGUACGCCAGAGAUCAAGCUGUCGAAGAGCGAGAGCAGAUUGAAGAAGAGUUUAACGAAGCUAAUCUGAAUCUGCAAGCUGCCGGAGAACAGAUCGGGGAUUUAAAUCUGCAGGUGACAAUUCUGUCCUCAGAGAUGGGUGUGUUGCGUCACAAGCUAACAGAAAGAGAGGAGGAUCGGGGUCUGCUGGAGAGGAAGGUGACGGAGCUGUCUGCUACAGUUUCCUCCACUUUGGCCUCCUACACCUUCCUGGAGCAGGCCCUUGCUGCGGAGAGUACAAAGUUGCAGCAGUCAUGGAAGGACAUUCAGUUAAACAAGGACAGAGCAAACGAGUUGGAGACGUCACUGGGUCAGUCGGAGCAGAGUGUGUGUGAGUUGAGUCAGGCUCUGGCUCAAAGUGAGGAGCAGCUCAGUCAGCUGCAGGUCCUCUCACGAUCCCAGAACAUGCAAAUCCAGCAGCUCCAAGAGGCUUGCACACAACUCGGUGGUGUGCGGGAGAUGAACGAGUUCUUACAGAUGGAGAACGACUUGGCGAGGGAGCAGAUGGCUGAAAGCGAGCAUAUGCUGAGUGCCAACCUGCAGGGGCUCCGGCAGAGGAACAUCCAGUGUGAGGACCUCAAAGGAGAACUCUGUCAUCUUCAGCUUGGGAAGCGGAGCUUGCAGGAGGAGCUGGAAACCACAAAGUCCAGAGCUGGUGCUACUCAGCUGGAGCUCAGACAGAAGUUGGAUCAGGCGGUGACUGAAAUGACUUUGCUGCAUCACACACUGCGAGGAAUGACCAAUGAACUACAUGUGGCUCUCGCUGACCAGAAACCAGAACCACAGAAGGAUGAAGAGUCUCAACAAGUCCACAAUGUGGAGCGUCGUCACCCCUCCAGCUCCUUCGUCGACCGCAUCAUGGUUGCAUUAACUGCUGAGAAGGAGGAAGACGUCGCCACAGAGACGCCUCCUGGUUCAGACACGGCCGAGCUCCUGUGUGACACUUUGUUCAGUGAGACGAGCGCCUUCACCCGCAUUGCAGCCGUCACCCCUAAAAAGAAUUUGAACGCAGUGGAGUUGGAGUCCGAAGAGGAGGAUCAGAACAGCGUGGCAGAGCUGUUCGCUGACCUGGGCAGCACCGUCACAGAGCUCCUCAACACCCUGAAGCUGCUGCAACAGCGUAAAGACGCUCAGCUGGAGGAGCAGCACAUCACCAUCUCCGGCCUGCAGGUGGAGCAGCAGGCUGCAAACGACAGACAUGAAGCUGAGGUGUCUGAGCUGAACUGUCAGCUCGGCAGUCUGAGCAGCCGGUUUGAGAGAGGAAAUCAGGCGCUGCAGCAGAAAGCUCAGGAUGAGAGAGCUGUCACAAAGCUGAUGUCAGAAAUACAAGAGACCCAGGAAAUUCUAAACAAACACAAGACCGACAGUAACGACUUGCGGAAGGAGGUGGUUGAGCUUCGUCGCUCUCUGCAGCAGUCCCAGGUGGAGGCUCAGUACCUGCGGGGGGAGUUGAGAAAGGCUGGCAGCCAAUCGGCUAACCCGGCGGAUUCAAUGGAAGAGAAAAUCCAUUUAUUGAGAGAGGUGGAGAGACUGAAGUUAAGUCUCCAGGACGUCGAGCAGACCAGAGUUGAACUCCUUGAUCGAGCAAAAAGACAUCUAAUCAUCCACCAGAUCAACCAGCAGAAAAGUGAAAAUGAGCUUCAGAUGUUGAACAAAAUGAUCAAUAGAGUCCGAGAGACUCUUGUGUCUCUGCCGGUGAUCGUGAAGGAUUGUGAACAACUCCAGCAGCUUGUUGAAUAUAUCGGCUGACAUGUUUGUUAUUGUCGUCGGAGUUCAUUGUUUUUAUGUCAUUAUGUUUUAGCUUGUCCUGGCUGUAAAGGUUUAUAUUGUGAUCUAAAAUAAAGGUUUUAUUUAAAUGUUA